AUGAAUUCAUUGCAUCUCUGUGUGGUCAAACAUGAGUUACUGAUUAGUGGCUUGGCAGAGAUAGUCGUUUGGAAGAGAUACAGUGACUUUAAGAAACUGCACAAAGAUCUCUGGCAAAUUCAUAAAAACCUAUGCAGACAUACAGAACUCUUUCCACCUUUUGCCAAAGCCAUAGUAUUUGGGCGAUUUGAUGAAACUGUGAUUGAAGAAAGAAGGCAGUGUGCUGAAGAUCUGUUGCAGUUUUCUGCCAAUAUCCCUGCUCUCUAUAACAGCAAACAGCUUGAAGAGUUUUUUAAGGGUGGAGAGGUGCAUGAUGGGUCUGAACUGAUUGGUCCUGUUGAGCCGCUGUCUGACUCUCUGACGGACAACCUGUCUGACUGCAGCUCUGAAGUUCGAAAGGAUUUAAGUGGGCUUGAUGAUGUGACACUUACAAGCCAAUCAGAAUGUGGAGGCUUCUCCAGUGACAGUGACCUGAUCUCUCUGACAGUUGAUGUAGACUCUCUUGCCGAGUUAGAUGAUGGAAUGGCAUCCAACCAAAGUUCUCCCAGUAGAGCUGUUGGCCUUUCCCUUACUUCUGAACCCCCAGUACAAAGCACAGUGGCACCUGAGCAGGAGUGGAGCAAACCUGAAGGAGAGAGGGAAAGCCAUAGUCUGUUUACUGGAGGCUUAAAACCCAAGCCUGGCAAACAAGAUUACUUGGAGAAAGCAGGCGAGUUGAUAAAACUGGCCUUGAAGAAGGAGGAGGAAGAAGAUUAUGAAACUGCCUUCAGCUUUUAUAGAAAGGGGGUUGAUCUGCUUCUGGAAGGUGUUCAAGGUGAAUCAAGUCCAACUCGUCGAGAAGCAGUGAAAAGGAAGACUGCAGAAUACCUUAUGCGUGCAGAAAAAAUUUCUAGUUUCUGCCAUAAACCCUCUGAAGAUGCAUCUGUUUCUAUGCCUCCAGGAUCACUAAGUUCAAGGCCCUCUUGGAACCUAAGGAGCCCUGCCGAGGAACUGAAGGCCUUCAGAGUCCUUGGGGUGAUUGACAAGGUUUUGCUUGUAAUGGACACUAGAACACAGCAAACUUUUGUACUGAAGGGUCUAAGGAAAAGUAGUGAGUACAGCAGGAGCAGAACGACCAUCAUCCCCCGCUGUGUGCCCAACAUGGUGUGUCUGCACAAGUACAUCAUCUCCGAGGAGUCUGUCUUUCUUGUGUUACAGCAUGCAGAAGGAGGAAAACUGUGGUCUUAUGUCAGUAAGUUCUUAAACAGAAGUCCUGAGGAGAGCUUUGAAAUUCCUGAACCCAGAACAUCCAGUUCAACUAAAAUUUACCUGGAGCAGCCAACGCCUAGUCCUAAAGAAAUCGGUAGCAGCACUGAUUCCAGAGAAAGCUAUGGGGAGAGCACGCUGAAGGUGGUUCCACUGAAGAGCAGCCUAACACCGAGCUCUCAGGAUGACAGCAGCAACCAGGAAGAUGGCCAAGAGAGUUCGAAGUGGAUGGACUCGGGAUCCAGCUCGGAAGAAGAGUGCACUACUAGUUAUUUAACUUUAUGCAAUGAAUAUGGGCAAGAAAAAAUUGAUUCUGGCUCUCUAAAUGAGGAACCAGUGGUUAAACUGGAGAGCGAAGGUCUAAAUACCAAAGAGGGAAGUUGCUUGCAGAAAUGCAGUGUCAUUGGCAGUGAUGGCUUCACCUCUCAGAUUGCAUCUCAGGAACGAAAGCUUUUCAUUGACGAUGCUGAGUCGGAAAUAGCUAGCCCUACUAGGAUAUUGGACUCAUUAACUAAAUCAAAGAACAGCCCCAUGGAACUCUUCAGGAUAGACAGCAAAGAUAGCACUAGUGAGCUCCUGGGGCUUGAUUUUGGAGAAAAAUUAUAUAAUCUGAAAUCAGAGCCUUUGAAGCCAUUGUUUUCUGUCCCAGAUCAGGACAGAAGCUUGGAUGCCCUAGAGAGCAAAAUGGGUGUGAGAGCUCAUGACACCAUAAGCAGGGGUUCAAAUGACUCUGUGCCAGUUAUCUCCUUUAAGGAUGCUGCUUUUGAUGAUGUAAAUAGCAUCGAUGAAGGAAGGCCUGAUCUCCUAAUAAACUUACCUGGUAUGUCAGAUGAAACAGAAGAGGCAGCAGUGUCAAGGACAACAAAGUUUACAAAAACUGAUAGGGACAUGUUGGAAGUAAAGUUAUUAGAAACACCUGAUGUCUUACAAUUAAAUAAUUCUGCAGAGCCAUGUAAAGCAUUUGAUCAAGAGCCAAAUCUUGUGGCACCAGAAGUGGGUGAUCCUUCCCGCAAGGAAGCAAAUGGACAAAGCGGUGUCACUCAGGGAGCUCUUGGGACCCUCUUUACAUCUGACCAAGAGGUAGGUAGUUCAGAAGACGGGGCUCUGUUUCGAGGGCUUGGAGCCUGCUCCUUAAACAUGACAAGCAAAGAAGAAAAUUUGUUUGUUUCCAACCUGCUCUCAGGUGCUCAAGAUGUUAGCUUGGAUGGAGACAUGUUAAGAAAUGAAGCAGUGUUGCUGUUUUCCGAUCAAACUGAAGACUUUGGGAAAGAGGAAACAGACGUGGCUUUGUUACCAGCAGCUGAAAGUAAAAAGACAGCACCAAAGAGGGAAGACACAAUAGCAGUAGCAGGGGAGAAGGAAAUACAUAAAAUUUUUCAGGACCUCGACGAAAGAUUAGCGAUAACCUCCAGGUUUUAUAUCCCAGAGGAUUGCAUUCAAAGAUGGGCAGCUGAAAUGGUUGUAGCCCUUGAUGCUUUACAUAGAGAAGGAAUUGUGUGCCGCGAUUUGAACCCAAACAACAUCUUAUUGAAUGAUAGAGGACACAUUCAGCUAACGUAUUUUAGCAGGUGGAGGGAGGUUGAAGAUUCCUGUGACAACGAUGCCAUAGAGAGAAUGUACUGUGCCCCAG